AUGGCUGGAGCGUGGGCUGAUAUGGCGGACGACCUUUCCAACAUGUCCAUGGACGAAGUCGACGGCAUGAUUGCCUUGUAUCCUAACGACAUGCCUGUUCCUUCGAACAACGAAAUCCCUCCAAACUACGUUGUUAAAUAUGACAAGUUAAACAUCGUUCAAAACCAGAUGGACUCAUCCGGCUUUGGGGGAGCAAUUGUGCAGGUCAUCCCCAAGUUGUUCAAGGGAGUGUCUGGGAGUACGCCUAAAAUCAUCAAGGAGUUCAGCACUGGAGCGCGGAAAAAGCCGUCCCAAAGUGCAAUCAAUGCCGCCAAAAACUCGAAGACUGUCCAGAAGAUCCUCAAGGAUGAUCGGUACCUCGACUGUUUGACUGUCGCGGCUGAUGCUGCCGCAAGUGUGGCGAAAAAGAGCGUCACGUUUUACCUUCCGGAUUAUCGAUUUAGUAUUGAUUGGGAUCGCACAGAGGAAGAGUCAAGCCCUGCUCCAGAGGCAAAGGCUCAGGAGGGUCGCUCAUUCAUGACGCUCCAAUACUCUGCCAGCGAGGAUCUCGCUGGGGGAAACGAUCCCGCACGGUGCACAUACCAUGAUAGCUUUUGGCAUCGUCGACGCCUCCCUUAUGAAGUGUGCCAAAGGGUUGCGGAUGGUCUCGAUAAUAAAAUGACCAGCGUGAGGGUAAAUGGUGGAUGUUGCGCAUUCUACGACGACCAGUCGUGUCAAUCGGACAGUUUCUUUUUUUCGGUUCAGAACCGCCAGGAUGGGAAGUUGCGUAGCGACGACGACAAUGUUGUCGGUAGUCACUGGUGUACUUACAAUAUUGACUGCGAGGGUCGCCCAUAG